AUGGAGCCCUACAAUGUGACUGCCACGCUCAACUUCACCCUCCCACCCAACUUCGGCAAGCGCCCCACCGACAAGGCACUGAGCGUCAUCCUGGUGUUCCUGCUCCUUAUCAUCAUGCUCUCGCUGGGCUGCACCAUGGAGUUCAGCAAGAUCAAGGCUCACUUCUGGAAGCCUAAGGGGCUGGCCAUCGCCCUGAUAGCACAGUACGGCAUCAUGCCCCUCACCGCCUUUGCACUGGGCAAGGUCUUCCAGCUCAACAACACUGAGGCGCUGGCCAUCCUUGUCUGCGGCUGCUCACCCGGGGGGACCCUGUCCAACAUCUUCAGUCUGGCCAUGAAGGGGGACAUGAACCUCAGUAUCGUGAUGACCACCUGCUCCACCUUCUGUGCCCUGGGCAUGAUGCCCCUCCUCCUGUAUGUCUACUCCAGGGGGAUCUAUGCCGGGGAUCUGAAGGACAAGGUACCUUAUGGAGGCCUUGUGAUAUCACUAAUCCUGGUUCUCAUUCCCUGUGCCACUGGGAUCUUCCUCAAUGCCAAACGGCCACAAUAUGUACCCUAUGUCAAGAAGGGAGGGACCAUCACCAUGCUUUUGUUAAGUGUGGCCAUCAUAGCGCUCUCGGUCAUCAAUGUGGGCAAGAGUAUCAUGUUUGUCAUGACCCCACAGUUGCUGGCCACCUCCUCCCUGAUGCCUUUCAUCGGCUUCCUGUUGGGCUACAUCCUCUCUGCUCUCUUCCGCCUCAAUGGACGGUGCAGGCGCACUGUCAGCAUGGAAACUGGAUGCCAAAACGUUCAACUUUGUUCUACCAUUCUCAAUGUGACGUUCCCCCCUCAAGUCAUUGGGCCACUUUUCUUCUUCCCUCUCCUCUACAUGAUUUUCCAGCUUGGAGAAGGGGUUCUUCUCAUCUCCAUCUUUCGUUGCUAUGAGAAAAUCAAGCCUUCCAAAGAUAAAACAAAAAUGACCUACACAGCUGCUCCAACUGAAGACACGAUUCCAGGAGCUCUAGGAAAUGGCACCCACAAAGGGGAGGAAUGCUCCCCUUGCACAGCCUAGCUCCCCCAGGGGACUGGAUUCUGGUCAGAGGAUAUUUCAGAAAGCCAGUGUGAUAGAGUAAAAAGAUGAAAGGAACACCAGAAAUGAGAGUCUUUCUCCAGCACUGCCAGCAGAAACUAUCAGAACUGACAAACCUCGCCUGGUGGGAGGACACAGAGGGAGUCUACCUGAAGAGCCUCGCCUAGCCCCAGCUUAAAAGUUGAUACCUAUUUAAAAAAUAAAGACUUGUGCGGUGCCUGGGUGGCUCAGUCAGUGAAGUAUCCAACUCUUAAUGCUAGCUCAGGUCAUGAUCUCAUGGUUUGGGAGUUCAAGUCUGGCAUUAGGCGCCAUGCUGUCAGUACAGAGCCCGCAUGGGAUUCUCUCUGUGGCACCCCCUCUCAAAAAAAUUAAAAAACUAAAA